AUGGGUUUCGGACUUGUUGCUGUUACUUAUAUUGUUGCCCUUUUGCUGACUAUUGUUUUGAUAUUUUUUGUUAUUUAUCACAUAAUUGCUUUUGAUGAACUUAAAACGGAUUAUAAAAAUCCAGUGGAUCAGUGUCGAAAUCUUAACCCUCUCGUGCUUCCCGAAUACUGUUUGCACGCAUUCAUCACACUCUCCUUCCUCCUGACUUGGCAGAUAGCAGCGCUGUUAGUCAACAUCCCUUUGCUCGUCUAUCACAUCCACAGGUACCUUACACGUCCAGUUAAAUCAGGUAUUGGACUGUACCAUCCGACCUCCAUCCUCAACAGUAAUGAGCUCAAUAGGGCUAUGAAAGAAGGAUGGGUGAAAUUGGCGUUCUACGUAAUGAGUUUCUUUGGCUAUCUGUUCGGGAUGAUCGCCUCGCUCAUCGCCUCUUAG